AUCUUGUCGUUUCUGUCACAACAGACGUAGAACAAACUAACCAAUCAGACGCGGAGCUAACAAGACUUGAUUUUUUUUUUCUGAAGGCGCCAGUUUUGUUUGACGAAGACUGUUAGUGUCGUGCUCCUCUCUUUUCCAGUUUGUCUCUGCCGUCGCCACAAUGACUGAAAAUACAUUUCCAGUGUACAGCGUGGAUGUUGUAGUGAACUUUUACCGAACUGAAGUUCUGACAGGCCAGGAAGCUAAACACUUUACGAAGAACGACUUGACUCCAGUGCCCAAGCCAGAGGCAGUUCAAACACUGUAUAUGAGAUUGGUUCACCUCCUGUAUCGCUUCAGACCGGAAUGUCACUCUAUGAUUCCUCCCAACGAGAACAUUCAAUAUCCAGAGUAUCAUGAGGGUACAACUUCUGUUUUGAGUGUCUACAUUCGAAUGAAACAGUUUCUGCCAAUGUGCAUGGUGUAUGACUUCUCACUUAGUGACCUUCUGGCACCAAAGAAACAAAAGACGUUGACUAUUCUCAGUGGGAUCUUGAACUUUAUCCACUUCAGGAAGCAGAGGAUGGAAAUGGUCUUGGAGAAGCAGGCGAAAUUUAGAUCAGACCUGGACAGGCAGAGGUUCUACAACAAAGCUAUCCGAGAUACAGAGAAGAAGAUUGAGGAGCUGAGCAUUAUCCCUCCAGAGCAGCAGGCGGAGGCUGAGGAGCUGGCAGAGGCACUCUCUGAGCUCCAGACCACCACCAUGCAUGAAUACCAGGAAGCGAAUGUGAAGAAGGACUGCAUUGCUGAACUGAAAGCCCACAUUGCUGAGAAGACCCAGAAGUCGGCUCAGUUGAAGGUGGACAUGAGCAUCGUCAAGGAGGACAUCAGUAAACUCAAGUCACAGAUAGUGGAGUCUCCCGAGGAGCUCAAAAGCCAGAUGGAGAAAAUGAAAGAGACCGUCAAGAACAUCAAGAACUCAUUUAAAGAAACUGAUGAACGGGUGGUGGAGCUGCAGAACAUGGUACAGACAGUGACUCAAACUGAGGCUGAGAUUCAACAGAUAUACAGUUUGUUAGAGGAUCUGGAGAGCAGCAUGAACUCCACCAAGGAGAAACAGGAAAUGCAACAGAAGCUGAGCUGUCAGUAUGAAAAGAAGCAGAAGGAGCUGAAGAACCUGUAUGCGGAGGAAGUGCAGCUGAAACGAGCGCAAGGCAUGAAACUGGACAAAGUAUCAAAACUCAACAUUCGAAUGCAGAAGAAGAGACAGGAGAAGGAGCAGCACAUUCAGGAUGUUAUGGGGGAGUGUAACCAAAUCCAUCAGAAACGUGAAGAAAUGGCUGAGAAAAUACAAGAGAUCAACAGGGAGACCCAGCAGCUGAAGGCCAAGAUCCAGACCAUGGGAGAGAUCUGCAGCAAUGAGACAGCGAAGGCUCAGAUUCUGUACGAUAAACUGUCAAAUUCACUUGAGGAAUAUCACAGAAGGAUUGAGAUGCAAAUCCUGGACCUGAAGCAAGAUGCUGUUAAAUGUCUGCAAACUGUUGAAUAAUCAUCAAUUAACUUGUUGUUUCUUCUAUUAUUGUAUUGUACAUAUGACUAAUUAAAACGAAGCCUUGGUUUCUGUUA